GGAAAAUAAACCAAUCCAUUCCCUACCAAGAUUCGUUCGCAUAUUGGUUUCCUUCGUCUCCAGGCGAUCAUGAUUUCUAUGAUAAAUUAGGUUGUCAAAAAAUUUAUUCUGUUGAAGCCUUCAAGCCCUGAUCGAUAGUGACCAUGAGCAUUUGAUUUCCCUUUUUGCGGAUUUUCACUAUAGAUUAGCAGUUGAAACUUCCUCAACUUGUUUGUUCGUGUUUGAAUCCACUGAUUUACGGAUUUUCAUGAUCGUCUCUCUGUUUCAAUUUCUGUAUUGUGAACUGUUAAGACAUUUCUGCAACGUUUUUACCAAAAUGCCCCCAACAAAAAAAGGUAAAGCUAAAGCCAAGUCAACAGAGUCAACACCUCCAUCACCUUCUACAACCAAAUUCCCUGGAUGCAUGCGAUUUAUCCCCCCUUCAUCUGUAGCUGUCACCAUACAUGCCAAACCUGGUUCAAAAGUUGCAACCAUUACAGAUUUUGAUGAUGAUGGUUUAGGAGUACAAAUUGAUGCACCUGCAAAGGAUGGUGAAGCCAAUGCUGCACUCCUUGAUUUUAUAAGCUCGGUUAUAGGGGUAAAAAAGAGGCAAGUUUCAUUGGGUGCUGGGUCGAAAUCAAGGGACAAGGUUCUGAUAGUUGAAGGUGUAUCACUAGAGGCAGUGUAUAAUGCUCUCGAUACAGAAUUACAUAAUCCCUAAUCAACAAAAUGACAUUUGUUUUUUUAAUCAGCAUGUCACCCCAAGAUUGAAGCAUGUGGGAUUCGAACCAUGUCAUCAAAAUGACUUUUAUUUGUAUUGUUGGGAUCACUUGAGAAAACAAAUUUAUGAUGAACCUAUGUUGAGAUGGCAAAAGAUGAUGAAGUAGUCUAUUAAUUGUAUUAGAUAAUAAUGAAGU